UUUGAACUUACCUUCUUCUUUCUUCCACCUUAAACAUGAUACCAAAGACAUUACGCAGUACUGGUAUCACAACCAAAUCGAUAUAUUCCAAGGGGUGGAUACGACUGAAGUCCGCGGUAGCAGUAUCAACCCCACCUAAUACUCUAUACACAACGACUCCAAUUUUCUAUGUAAAUGCCAACCCACACCUUGGUCAUUUAUAUAGUAUGCUUUUAUGUGAUACAAGAAAUAGAUGGGAAAAGCUCAACCCUAGAGCAAAGACAUUUUUCACUACUGGUACGGACGAGCAUGGACUUAAAAUUCAAACGGUGGCUGAAAAGCAAAAUAUAUCUCCUAAAGAUCUUACCGAUAAAGUAUCACAGAAUUUCAAAGUAUUAGCCACAGAUCUAGAUAUUGAUUACGAUAGAUUUAUUAGAACUACUGAUCAAGAUCAUGUAAAGGCGGUGCAAUUUUUCUGGGAGUUAAUGCAAGAAAAGGGAUAUUUGUACGAAGGAUCUCAUUCAGGGUGGUAUUCUGUUAGUGAUGAAACUUUUUAUCCAGAAACUCAAAUUGAACCAAUUGAAGGGAAUCCAGGUAAAAUGAGAUCUAAAGAAACCAAAAGUGAAGUUGUUUAUCAACAAGAACUGAAUUAUUUCUUCAAAUUAUCAGCAUUUCAAGAUAGACUUAUUGAAUAUCUUGAAACUAAUCCUGAUUUCAUUAUCCCUAAAACCAAAUAUACUCAAUUAUUGAAUGAACUUAAAGAAGGACCUAUAGGAGACCUUUCAGUAUCAAGACCUUCAUCCAGAUUGACAUGGGGCAUCCCAGUACCUAAUGACCCUAGUCAAAGAAUCUAUGUUUGGUUUGAUGCUUUAAUUAACUAUAUUACAUCUUGUGGAUUCCCCAAUAGUUUUAUCAGAGAUAAAGAAACUGGAUUAUUUAAAAGCGGUAACGCUUGGCCUGCUACUCAUGUUAUUGGGAAAGAUAUUAUUAGGUUUCAUUGUAUAUAUUGGCCAAUUUUCUUGAUGGCUGCUGGUAUUGAACUUCCCGAAAAAGUUGUGGUUCAUUCACAUUGGCUCAGUGAUGGGUUUAAAAUGAGUAAAAGCUUGGGUAACGUGGUUGAUCCACAGGCUACUGCAGCAUAUUAUGGUCAAGAUAGUUUAAGAUUUUUCUUGAUGGAAUAUUCCAAUAUUGAAUCUGAUUGUAAUUAUCGUGAAGAUCAAUUCCAUUUCACUAGAGAAACUAUAAUUGGAAAAUUUGCUAAUCUUAUUACUAGAUGUGGGGGAUCAGCGUUUAAUAUUGAAAAAUCUGUUGAAUAUGCUAAACUGGGGAAAUAUGAACAAAUUGAUGAAUUAAUUGGAAAAUAUUCCAUUAAAACUGAUAUUGAAGAAGUUAAACUUGCACGGGACAAGCUUGAAAUGACUGCAAACUCAUUAUAUUCGACAAUGAAUUCCCAUAUAGUACAAUUUGAUCAACUGAAGGCUAUUGGAGAAUGGUGGUCUCUUGUGGAAAGAGCCAAUGAAUUAUUCCAAACAGCGCAACCUUGGCUUUAUACCAAGGCACUCAAAGAUGUGGAUUUGAACGCGGAAGAUAGGGAAGCUCUUUUGACUCUACAACUCUAUUAUACUUAUUUGGCAGCAGAAUCAAGUCGUAUUGCCUGUAUUCUUAUUAAUCCAAUCAUGCCUAAAUUAUCAACAAUGCUUCUUGAUCGAUUGAAUGUUGAUCCCACAAGAAGAAAUGCGGAUUUUGCUGCCAUUGGACUGGAUUUAAGUUAUGGUCAUGGAGCUAAUGAAAAGACUCAUAAAAUACCAAUUGUUAGAAUUCCAAUGAGAGAAACAAAUUUGUAAAUAAAAGAAAAAAGAAAAAAGAGAAAAAAAAAAGACGAAGAAG